CUCGUCACAAACUCUUUCCUACAACCACAAAAAUCACUACAACUCGACCUCACAUUUAAAAGGGUCGUUGAACAUUUGAGAGUAUUCCCCGAGAGUACUCUAUCCUCUCGAAUUUUUAUCACAAGUCUACUGAGAAGUUUAUCUAACCAGUAUGCCGAAGAACAAGGGAAAGGGUGGUAAAAACCGCAGAAGGGGAAAGAACGAGUCGGACAAGGAGAAGCGUGAGCUUACCUUCAAGGAAGAGGGCCAAGAAUAUGCCCAAGUUGUCAGGAUGCUCGGCAACGGCCGCCUCGAGUCCAUGUGCUUCGACGGCGUGAAGCGCCUCGCCCACAUCCGCGGCAAGCUGCGCAAGAAGGUCUGGAUCAACCAGGGCGACAUCAUCCUGCUCUCGCUGCGCGAAUACCAGGACGAGAAGGGCGACGUCAUCCUCAAGUACACCGCCGACGAGGCCCGUACCCUCAAGGCCUACGGCGAGCUGCCCGAGAGCGCCAAGAUCAACGAGACCGACACCUUCGGCGACGCCGAUGGUGACUGUGGCUUCGAGUUCGACGAGGACCGCGACAGCGAGGACUCGGACGUUGCCGUCGGCACCGACGGCAAGGAGAUCGAGAUCGACGACAUUUAAGCCUGGCAAAAAUGUACAGCGCCGCUGCCCUUCUCUUCUGGCUCUAAGGACGAGUGUUUCUCCUCGUAACCAACAUCUGCUGGUUAUGGGGUGGUAUAUCUCCCUAGAGCUCAUCCUGCCAAGGGAAGCACAAAACUGUCUUCUCUCUCAAACCCCCACCGCCUGGUUCGCAAACAGGCACCGGGGUUCCCCGACAGUUGGUGGCUCGUCAGCUGGUAUCGCAUGGAGGGCGACGGUCAUGAUGGGAGGGACGUCGUGGCUUGUUAAUCUCCUCUGGGGACGACGCAACUUGACUUCGCUCAGUUUAUUUUACUUUUUGAUCCUGCAUUUUAUCCUGUGAAAAGAGGAGUGGAGGCAUCUUUAGCUACGCGUUUGGUGUCUGGGCACGCCAGUUUCCAUAGACAGAUGACGCGUAAUGAAAUGCUUUUUGGCCCCCCAAA